AUGUCACCCGAUGAGAACCCAGACGUGCCGCCCGCCAGCAACAAGGAGGACCGCUACGCCACCAAAUUUGCCUUUGUCAAUGAGCAGAGCCGGCAAGACUCGCGCAGCCAUGCCAUGCGCGAGUACUGGAAGCAGCGCCGGCGACCAAAGAGCGUCGAUGUGGGAAGCUCAUCCAGUUCGUCUCCGUCGUUGGCGAACCCGGGGGCAGCGCUCCGUCCAUUGACACUGCGGUCGGGUCAGAGUUGCUCGAGCAGCAGCGGCACCACGUCGCGCGCCAGCAGCCGGAAAUCAGCCUCGUCGAGAUCCCCCAAAAGAGUGCCGGAACCACCCAAGGAACCACCAGGGAUACCGACGCAGGUGCUGUCCGGGAUGAACAUGGUUCUCGGAAACUGCCGCCUGGAUCCCUUUGACCAGUUUCCCGUCAAGCUCACCGCGCAGCAUCAUAAACUCAUGAUGCAUUGGCUUACCAUGUACGCGAACAUGACUUUCGGCGAAAGCGUAAAAGCAAAGUUUAACCCGCUGCGCGAUGUCUUUUUCCCCUUGGACCUGUCGAAUGCGGCGGCAUUUAAUGCCGUCAUGGCGCAAUCUGCGGCGCAUCUAGCACGUAUGCAGGGGCGCAUGCGAUUAACAGAAGCGCUGCAUUUCAAGGCGGAAGCUAUUCGCAUCUUGUCCGAAUGGAUGGCGGAUGAGAAGAUGGCGAUGAGCGACGACGUUCUGGCAGCGAUAUCCAGAAUACUAGCUUACGAGAGAUAUUGGGGCACCGAGGCCGAAUGGCUUGUUCACAGAGCUGGUCUACAGCGACUUAUUGACCAGCGUGGGGGUAUCAGAGCACUCCAGAACAACUGGAGGCUCGAAUUAACCAUCUACUUAAUUAGCAUCAUGUCAAAGCCGUCCUGGUUUGACAGCUCCAAUCAGCUCUGGGAGAUAUCCGACUCGUCCAUUUCGACCGGCCUCCACCCUCUAUUCGGCAACGAGGAUGCCCUCCCUCGUAUCCGAUCCCUCUGGCUCAUCUCCUUCAUCCAGGACACACGCACGCUAAUGAAUCAUUGGCUCGAACUAUAUUCCAGCGGCAUCACAAAUUACGUGGGGCUGCAGCAUGCCGUGGCCACACUGCACGCUGCCGUCCCCCCCCAUUCCGGGCUGGCCGAAACCCAUGAGUUUGACACGCACGAUUAUACCCGGCUGGCAUGCAUUCUAUUCAUUGUCAUGAUAAUCCAGUCCUCCACGAGUAUCCUGACGCAAACGGCAGCUGCAUCAGGCAGCCAGUACCCGCAAGCCACACUGUCGCUGGCUCGCAUCGCAGAGCUGGAUGCCCUUCUCCUCGAGCGCGAGCCAAACUGGACACACUCAAUUAACGAGCUCUACAACACGCUCUAUCAUGAUUUCGCUUCGAAUCACACGAGCACUCACAUCACCAGCUACGCAUUGCAUAUGGCAACGGUCGUAAGCUACAUGUCUCCCGAGACCAGGAGAGGAGUCGAGAAAACCUUGUUGCAUAUCCUGCCGCAUAUACCGGCAGAAGGCUGGCGGGAUGAUAGUGAUUGGACGCCAGAUGCACUACUGUCGUCUACAUACGGAGAUUAG